GCGAACUUAGUCUGUUACACAAGUGCUGCGGGGCUCUCUCUGGCUCCGUCUCUCGGGGCCGCCGCCGCCGCUGCUUCUCCUGCCCGGGGCCCAGCCGAUCGCCUCCAUUUCCCUUCCUCUCCUCCACCGGCUUCGCCUCCCGAUCGGGACCAGGAUGAGCGGAGAUCAGCUGUAUAACGAUUCCCAGAUCGAUGCGGAUUUCCGAGCGAAUGAUUCUCACAAACAUAAAGAUAAACACAAAGACAGAGAACAUCGACACAAAGAGCACAAGAAGGACAAGGAGAAAGAUCGGGAAAAGUCCAAGCACAGUAAUAGUGAGCACAAAGAUUCCUCGGAGAAGAAACACAAAGAGAAGGAGAAGACCAAACACAAAGAUGGGAGCUCAGAGAAGCAUAAAGACAAGCAUAAAGAUAGAGACAAGGAAAAGAGGAAGGAAGAAAAGGGAAGACCUUCUGGGGAUGCUAAAAUAAAGAAGGAAAAGGAAAAUGGCUUCUCUAGUCCACUUCGUAUUAAAGAUGAACCAGAUGACGAUGGGUACUUUGCACCUCCCAAAGAAGAUGCUAAGCCUUUAAAAAGACCUCGAGAAGAUGAUGAUGUUGAUUUUAAGCCCAAAAAAAUUAAAACAGAAGAUAUCAAAAAAGUCAAGAAGCGAAAACCAGAGGUAGAAGAGGACAAUAAAGCCAAGAAACCCAAGAAUAAAGAUAAGAAGAUGCCUGAAACAGACAACAAGAGAAAGAAACAGAAGAAAGAAGAGGAACAAAAAUGGAAAUGGUGGGAGGAAGAGCGUUACCCUGAAGGCAUCAAAUGGAAAUUCCUUGAACACAAAGGCCCUGUGUUUGCACCACCAUACGAACCCCUGCCUGAAAAUGUCAAGUUUUACUAUGAUGGUAAAGUGAUGAAGCUGAGCCCCAAAGCAGAAGAAGUGGCGACAUUCUUUGCAAAAAUGCUUGACCAUGAAUACACUACGAAGGAUAUCUUCAGGAAAAACUUUUUCAAAGAUUGGAGGAAGGAAAUGACCAAUGAAGAGAAGAGUAACAUCACCAAUUUGAGCAAGUGUGAUUUCAAUCAUAUGAGCCAGUAUUUUAAGGCCCAGUCAGAAGCCAGAAAGCAGAUGAGCAAAGAAGAAAAGCAGAAAAUCAAAGACGAGAACGAACAGUUGCUUAAGGAAUUUGGCUUCUGUGUGAUGGAUAACCACAAAGAAAGGAUUGCCAACUUCAGGAUUGAGCCUCCGGGUCUCUUCCGGGGGCGGGGUAACCACCCCAAGAUGGGCAUGCUCAAGAGGAGGAUCCAGCCAGAGGACAUCAUCAUUAACUGUAGCAAAGAUUCCAAGGUCCCUCCCCCUCCCCCAGGACACAAGUGGAAAGAGGUCCGACAUGAUAACAAGGUGACCUGGCUGGUGUCCUGGACUGAAAAUAUCCAGGGUUCCAUCAAGUACAUCAUGCUGAACCCCAGCUCUAGGAUCAAGGGUGAAAAAGAUUGGCAGAAAUACGAGACGGCUCGGAGGUUGAAGAAGUGUGUGGAUAAGAUUCGGAACCAAUAUCGAGAAGACUGGAAAUCCAAAGAAAUGAAAGUCCGACAGAGGGCCGUAGCAUUGUACUUCAUCGAUAAGCUUGCUCUGAGGGCCGGUAAUGAGAAGGAAGAAGGGGAGACAGCUGACACUGUGGGUUGCUGCUCCCUCCGAGUGGAACAUAUUAACUUGCACACGGAGAUGGAUGGCCAGGAAUAUGUGGUCGAGUUUGACUUCCUCGGGAAAGACUCCAUCCGAUACUACAACAAGGUUCCCGUGGAGAAGAGGGUUUUCAAGAACCUUCAACUAUUUAUGGAGAAUAAACAACCCGAAGAUGACCUUUUCGACAGGCUCAAUACCAGUAUCCUAAAUAAGCAUCUCCAGGAUCUGAUGGAGGGCUUGACGGCCAAAGUAUUCCGUACCUACAAUGCCUCCAUCACGUUACAACAGCAGCUGAAGGAGCUCACUGCCCCGGACGAGAACAUCCCCGCGAAGAUCCUGUCGUAUAAUCGUGCCAACCGAGCCGUUGCUAUUCUGUGUAAUCACCAGAGGGCGCCGCCGAAGACCUUUGAGAAAUCCAUGCUGAAUCUACAAACCAAGAUUGAUGCCAAGAAGGACCAAUUAGCCAAUGCCAGAAGAGACCUGAAAAGCGCCAAAGCUGAUGCCAAGGUCCAGAGGGAUGCAAAGUCUAAAAAGGUAGUAGAGACAAAAAAGAAGGCCGUACAGAGGUUGGAGGAGCAGUUGAUGAAACUGGAAGUUCAGGCCACAGACAGAGAGGAGAAUAAGCAGAUCGCCUUGGGGACCUCCAAACUUAAUUACCUGGAUCCCAGGAUCUCAGUGGCCUGGUGUAAGAAGUGGGGGAUCCCUAUAGAGAAAAUUUAUAACAAAACCCAGCGGGAGAAGUUUGCCUGGGCCAUUGAUAUGGCAGAUGAAGACUAUGAAUUUUAACUGGUUUUUAAUGGGAUGAAUUGUAUGGAAAGGGAGAGCCUGGUUUUAGGAAGAUUGAUAAACUGUGAGCCUUACUUGUCCUUAUAUUUGGCGGGGGGGAAGGGGGGAACAGACGGGCAAGCAAGCAUUAACAAACCAACAUCUUUGCGAAAAGAUAAACCUGGAAAUAUUAUAAUGGAGAGCUGAGCCAGUUGUCCUAUGGACAACUUAUUUAAAAAUAUUUCAAAUAUCAAAAUUCUAGCUGUAUGAUUUGUUUUCUUUUUGUUUUUUUGGGUUUUUUCUUUUUUUGUCUCGUUUUCUCUCGAGGGCAAGUGGAUAGGAAUUUGUCAACCUUCCGCCAGGCAAAUUCACUGAUUCACUGAAGAAUUUGGGUCUUUAGCUACUGUACAAGAAGUCCGAUUAUAUUGGUGCGUUUUUACAGUUAGGGUUUUGCAAUAACUUCUAUAUUUUAAUAGAAAAUGGACUCCUAAACCCCUCCCCCCACCCUCCCGUCCACUUCAGGAAUUUCAAAAUAAGCAAAACGAAACCCAGCGCACCUGUUACAGCUGUUGCUAUUGACGUGGGAAUAGAUUUUUCAAUUAAACUUGAAACAGUUGUAAUCGGAAAAUUUUUAGCUAAGAUGGCUGUUCACAGCAAAACAUGAUGGGAAGAUGCUUCCUGACUUGAGUGCUCCUUUUUAAAUGUGAAUUUUUAUUUCUUUUAAUUAUUUUAAAAUAUUUAAACCUUUUCCUUGAUCUUAAAGAUCGUGUAGAUUGGGCUGGGGGUGGGAGGGGAGUGACAGUUGAGUGAGUUUGAAGAUAAUAAAAUCAGUGACUGAAGCCAUUUUCCCAUCAUGCCUUGUUCUGAGCAUGUUCUGUACACAUCUAAAAUAAUCCUCUCUCCGCUGACCCCCAUUUUUUUUCCCCCUUUUUAAAUCCCAGUCUUUUACUUGAAAGAUUUUAUUGUGUACAAAGUUUCACAGGUCAAUAAAUUUCGAGGGAAAUGAGCAUUGGUCCAAAAAGGAAAAAUAAUCAAGAUUUUAGGGCUUUUAUUUUUCUUUUGUAAUUGUGUAAAAAAUAAAAAAAAAAACACAAAAACAAAUAAAAAGCAGAAUUUUAAUGUGAAGACUUUUUUUGCUAUAAUCAUUAGUUUUAGAGGCAUUGUUAGCUUAGCGUGUGUGCAAAGACCAUUUCCCACAUCUUUCCUCAAGUAUCUUCUAUUUUUAUCAUGAAUUCCCUUUUAAUCAACUGUAGGUUAUUUAAAAUAAAUUCCUACACCUUAACUGAA